CCCGCCCCGCAGUUGUCUAAACUCUCGGGGGUCGGAGCGCGGCGUGCAGAGACCUCGCAGGCGGGUCGCAGCAUGAGUCGCCACCUGGAUCUGGUGCGGAGCUUCCUGGAGCAGCUGGAGGCCCGGGACCGCCGGGAGGGAGCAAUCCUUGCCCGCGAGUUCAGCGAUAUUAAGGCCCGCUCACUGGCCUGGAAGACUGGAGGUGUGUGCUCCACUCAGGUCGGCAGUGGGCUUGGGAACGCGAAGAAGAACCGCUACAAAGACGUGGUGCCAUAUGAUGAGACGCGCGUUAUCCUUUCCCUGCUCCAGGAGGAGGGACACGGAGAUUACAUCAAUGCCAACUUCAUCCGGGGCACAGAUGGAAGCCAGGCCUACAUCGCGACACAAGGACCCCUGCCUCACACUCUGUUGGACUUCUGGCGCCUGGUUUGGGAGUUUGGGGUCAAGGUGAUCCUGAUGGCCUGUCAAGAGACAGAGAAUGGACGGAAGAAGUGUGAACGGUACUGGGCCCAGGAUCAGGAGCCACUGCAGACCGGGCCCUUCUGCAUCACCCUGACAAAGGAGACACCAGUGAAUGCAGACGUCGUUCUCAGGACCCUCCAGGUUGCAUUCCAGAAGGAAUCCCGCUCUGUGCACCAGCUACAGUAUAUGUCUUGGCCAGACCACGGGGUUCCCAGCAAUCCCGAUCACAUUCUCACCAUGGUGGAGGAGGCCCAUCGCCUCCGAGGAGCUGGCCCUGGACCCCUCUGUGUCCACUGCAGUGCUGGUUGCGGUCGAACCGGUGUCCUGUGUGCUGUGGAUUACGUGAGGCAGUUGCUGCUGACCCAGACAAUCCCACCCAAUUUCAGCCUCUUCGACGUGGUCCUUGAGAUGCGGAAACAGCGGCCCGCCGCAGUGCAGACGGAGGAGCAGUACAGGUUCCUGUACCACACAGUGGCCCAGCUCUUCUCCCGUACUCUCCAGAACACCAGCCCCCACCAUCAGAACCUCAAGGAGAACUGUGCCCCAGUCUGCAAGGAUGCCUUGUCCCUCAGGACCUCCCCAGCCUUGCCUGCCUCAUCCCGCCCACCAGGUGGGGUUCUCAGGAGCAUCUCGGUGCCCGGGCCCCCGACCCUCCCCAUGGCCGACACGUACACCUACGCUGUGGUGCAGAAGCGUGGCGCCCCCGCGGGCACAGGGCCGGGGACGCGGGUGCCCAGCAGCGCGGACACCACGCUCUACAGCCACGUGGCUCCGCGUUCCCAGCGGCUGGUGACACACACCGAGGACGACAGGGGGACGACGCCACUGGGCCAUGUUCCUGCGGAUCAGAACCCUCCCGGGCCUGAUGCCUAUGAAGAAGUAACAAAUGGAGCGCAGACUGGUGGUCUAGGCUUCAACUUGCGCAUUGGAAAGCCCAAAGGGCCACGGGAUCCUCCAGCGGAGUGGACACGGGUGUGAGUGCUGCGCCAGUUACGGCCUGUCUCUCAGUAGUGGCUGGACUUCUGCAGCCGACAUGCUGCUGUGCACUGUGUUGGGAAUGGGACUUGUGGUUCUGCAUCAAAAUAAAAGUUUCUCAGGGAGGAAAAAAUAAGGGCUUUGGCCCAGUGAUUAUAGCAAUCAGACCCGGAGACUUGGAGAGGUAAGUGCGAGAUCACCCGAAGUGGGCGUGGCAGCUCCCCUCUCCACAGAAUGAGAGGUGUAUCCUCAGUGACCACAGGGGAAUGAGGUAGAUGGGGUAGCUGGGGAUGGGUAGCUGGACCUCUUGCUGUUCAGAUAGAUCCAAGUCAAGUCUAGCUAGAGCCAGCUAGACCUGACCCCAGACAGGCAGAUGAGAGAGAGAGAAAGACAGAGACAGAGACAGAGAGAUGGGGGGGGGGGAGGAGAUUUCAGAUAGGCAAAGAUAUGGCUCACCAAAUCUGGACAUAGAGCCAGAUCCCUAAACACCCACACCUUCAAUUCAGAGGGGUUGUCUAUGGCAAAACAGAUGGACCUCAGCCGGAGAGAAAUGGAUCAACCAAUAGCCUUUAAGACCAGCCCCAGCCAGUGAUCACCAGUCCCCCAAAGUCAGACCCUCACUCUGCCAGCUAGACAGCCAGAUGGACUCCUAGCUAGACAGAACUCCAGUCAUAAACAAUUUCCAGAUGAACAGUACACAGACAUCCCAGUUAUACUGGGAAGACCGACUGACCUUCCAGCCGCAGACAGAAUGGCUAAGCUCCCAACUAUCCAGACAGAUGGAGCUUCUCCUACAUAGAGCUCCUAUUUGGGUGGACACAUUGAUGUCGCUCCUUUUGGAGCAGGUCUACAUCCCUAGCUGGGCAUGCAUGGUCUGGAUAGUGGGAUGUAUCUAGACCAUGCACAGCUAGGCUGACCUAGUGUAUUCUCAGGCAGAACCCCAGCUAGCAGAUUGAUGAACUACCAGCCUUCAUCUAGGUAGAAACCCAUAGGUGGACCUUCGGGUGAAUAACUACCUUCAGGUAGAGCUAGAUCCCAUGUCAAAAUUUGCCAGCCAAAUUCCAAGCUAGAUAGAUAGACAUAAAGCUAGCCAGACUGCCAAGUGGACCCCCAACUAGUCAGACAUGAUGAUCUUCUAGAUGAGCCAACAAACCUCCCAAAUGAGUAUAUAUAUAUCUCCAGCAAUACAGGUGGAGGCCCAACAAAUUAGACUCUGUCUAGACGGACCCUGGGGAGGCAGAAGACCUGUCCAACAUACUGAACAUCAUUGUUCGGAGUGUAGCUAGACAGUCAGCCUUGAGUAGAAUAGACAGAUAUACCCAGGCGGCCAUUGGCAGACACACCUGUAGUCAGCUACAUAGACCUCUGACCUAAUAAGACAAACAAACAAAACCCCAGAGUGGCAGACCAGUCACGAGCUGGAGGACUAAUGAGAUAGAGGUCUUCUCUGGAAAGUGCACCCCAGACAGAGUCCUGCCUUGACAAAGCCCUCAGACAGAUGCCUGCCUGGGUUGACAUACAGACCUCCAGCUAGAGACACCUAUAGCUAGACCCUCAUGUAAACUCUCAAUGAGCUAGAAAGAUCUCUGGCUGGUCACAGAAAUGCAUCACCCAGUCAGAUAAAUAGUGCACCAUCCAGAAAGACAGAACUUCAAACCUUCUUUCUUGAGAUGCAGAUGAGCAGAUUCUCUGAGACGGAAAGCCAUGAAUAAACAUAUGCAUAAUGCUCUAACCCUGACCCUCCCCCACCCCCUACCAUGAUGUCCGCAAAUAAGUCACUCUGGCUGUGCCUUCUGACAUAGUACCUUCUUCAGGCUCUUGGAAAAGCUGUCUUGAAUUUGAUGAAGGCUCCUACUAGAAAUCUGCUUAGCUAGGCCCACAUCACUAAAAUGAUUAUUGUGAGAAUUCAAUGAAGGGCAGGUUAAAAAAAAAAAAGAGUAUGAAACAUGUCUUAUUUGGUCACAGUGUCUACUGGCAAGUGCUGGGAGAUCUUUAUGCCAUGAGCAGCUCUGCCAACAGGAAGCAGGGAUGACAGGGAAACCUUGGGAACCUUCAACACCUCAGCUGAAUCUAAACUCUAAGGAAAGUUGGGGCUGAUCAUGCUGAGAGGGAUCUUGGAGCAGAGAAGGGUCAGGGUGCCAUUUUCAGAGCACGGGCUGGGAAUGACCACCCUGAAGUGAAGAAAUAAAGGGCAGAGGGGUGAUAGGGUGUCAUUUGGCAUGUAGGUUAAUCUCAAAGGCAGAACUAUUGUUGACUUCCUCAGUCCCAGAGACCAGCAAGGACAGCAGUAAAUUCCUGGAAACAGGGAACUGUUGCAGGAAGAGGAAGAACAGUUCAUCCUGACGGAAGAGAAACCAACCAAAGUUCUCUCCUGGAGGCCAGAAGACAGGAUAGUCUGAGGUUGACAGGGUCAGUUCCGAGCUCAGCGAACACUGUGCAGAUCCUAGCUGCCCGGUCUGAGUAGAAAGAAAGUGACUGUGUUGAGCAAGAGAGCAUGUCUGUAGGAUCAGCUGAAUAGGAAGACUCCCGGGUAUUGGCGGGUCCCGUCUGUUCUACCUUGGAAAUCUACCCUGAGUCAGACUGCUGCUCUCUCCCAACUGGACUCUGCAGCCACCUUCCUAAGCUUCUUCUUAUCCCCCUUUUGCUCAGGAUAAAAUGCCAGCCUGCUAGGCUUGUUGCUUUGAACCCUGAAUGAUAGUUAUAUUGAAUGUCAACUUGACAGAAUCUAGAAUUGCCUAGGAAACACACACCUUUGUAAGAGAGUCUAUAAAUUGGGUUAAUAAAAGUGGGAGGACCCACCCUCGGUGUGGAUAGCACCAUGCCAUGGGUUGGGGUCCUGGACUGAGUAAUAAGAAGAAAGCAAGCUGAGCACUGGAAUUCAUCGCUGCUUCCUGACUGCAGAUGUAAUGGGACCAGCUGCCAUGCUCCUGCCUUGACUUCCUCACUGUCAGGGACUAUACCCCGAACUGUGACCCCAAAUAAAACCUUCCUUCCUUAAA